UUCCCUAUUUCCAGAAUUAACAACACAGACAAUCUGCCAAUUAAAGAAGCUCAUGAGCCAGAAGCAAACACAAAUUAGAAACACACUUUAUCAAACAAUAUGAGAAUGUCAAGGAAAAAAAUUCUUUGCAAAGUACGCAAGAAGUUGUACCAUCCAAAUGAAAAAACUACAAUUAUUGUUGUCCAUAACAACACCAUCACUAACAGUAACAGGGUCAGCAGUGCCAAUGCUCAAUCUGAAGAUCAUAGUGGCCCUCAUUUUAUGUCUAAAGAAGAUAUGGCAGCCAUUUCUAUCCAAGCUUAUUUUAGGGGUUACCUUGCAAGACGGAUGUUUAAGGCUCUAAAAAGCCUAGUGAAGCUUCAAGCAAUUGUACGUGGAGUAAGUGUAAGAAGACAGGCACAAUUAGCUCUCCAUUGUAUGCACGCCCUAGCACGUUUGCAGGUCACAGUCCGAGCUCGUCAACUCCGGUAAUUAUUACCUACGAAGGUUUUUUCAUCAUAAUUUUUUGUAGGAAAACUCGCAGGAAACUAAUGCUUCAAAUUUUCCUGUAUAAUUCCCAAAAAAAAUCAUAUGUAGUUCAUACUUUUCUUGUAGUGUCCUUGCGACGACCGCACAUAAUUUUUACAUUAUCGGUAUAUUUCAAUACGUUGCCGAUCAUAUGUAUCUUGUAUUUAAGUCUCAACUUAUUAAUGAAGCAUGACUAUUAUA